AUGACCCCUGACAGAGGAGACGGUUUGCCGUGUAGGUACGUGUGCAUACUCUAUACCGAUAUCGAGUCGAAGGAUGAUAGUAGGCAUGGCAUCAUCAGUCAUAGGAUCCACUGUCCCCUCUCUCGCUUGGCUGUUCACGAACGGAGAUUUCACCCCAACACGGCUCACAGCCUGGACAACCAAAUUGCGAUUCAUGUAUCGUCCAUUGGAGUCUGCAUCGCAUCAAUCCUCCCCCUGGCAGUCCUGCGGAUCCUUCCCGCUCUCGAUGCCACGCGACAGAGAAGCUCCAACACCGACUUGCUGCCGGUGGGCCGAUCAGACGCAUCAAGAGAGGAGGAGGCUGCCUUGCCUCUGAAGGAUGAUGAGAAGAGCGGAGACCACAGAAGUGGCGAGUUUUGA